CUUCCCAAAACAAAACAAAAAAACAUAGACUAGUAGGAAAUCGAGGUCCUGAUGUACAAACUUAACCUCGUCAGAAUUUCAGUCGUUACAAUAACUAGAUCAGACAAUCAUCAUCUAUAUUAUGUCUGAAAAAGCGAAUUUUCUGAGGCAGAUGGUCGGCCUCAUCAUCAUCAACUUGUUACAGUCAGCCACACACGGUGCUUCUUCGACAGACAACAACAAUAGUCCUCGACAUUUGAAAUAUGAUUGUUACUACCACGCCGGCUUUCCCUACAGCACGGGCAGCACAUUUGAAGAAAACCUAAACAACAUUUUCCCAGAAAUUUCUGACAACGCCUCGCGGUUGUCCUACUCUAAACGCAGUAGCAACGACACAGGUAUUGACAAAGUGUUUGUUCAUUACUACUGCAGGGGUAAUAUCGUUAUCCAUACAUGUCAUCGAUGUGUCGAAGCUGCGGUGAACACAAUAAGACAGAAAUGCAAAUUUAGGAAACAAGCGAUAAUUUGGUAUGAGGAAUGCACCUUCCGUUAUGCUAACCACACCAUCUCCUCCCUUGACGAGGAACAUCCAGAUUACGUCUACACAAACACAACCAGUUUGGUGAGCGAACGUCUUAAUCCAUAUAGACAGGAUUUCGACGACACAAUGAACUCUCUCAUCAAUGAUACGGCAUAUAAUGGCAAUCCACCUGGCUUUUCAACAAAAGAAGUGAACCUCUCUGAAUUGUCCGAUACACUACGAGGUCUUGAACAAUGUAGUCCCUUUAUUAGUAGUAUUCUUUGUGAAAAAUGCCUAAAGAUUGCUUUUAAUAAGAUGGAUUUAUGGUCCAAGACUAUGGUUUAUUUGCCGAGUUGCUUUAUCAGGUUCGAUAUAUUUCAACUAUCAUCACUACCUUCUCCAUCCCCAAAUCCAGAUGGUCAGCGGUAUAAGAUCCUUCUUGCCGCCUUGUUACCUGUCAUUGUAAUUUUAUUACUUCUUGGUGGCUUUUGGUUAUGGAGGCGACGACGGAUUUCAGGGCACACCAAUAGUACAGAAGAAGCUGCAGAAGUGGAAACUAAUAGUGCAACAGGGGAAACUAACAUUGAAGAAGCUUGGUUGCAAUUGGCUCGGUUUACUUAUUCUCAGGUAAAGGACAUGACAAAUGAUUUCAAUAGAAAACUAGGUGAAGGUGGCUAUGGAAUCGUUUACUAUGGUCGCUUGAAUGAUGACCACAGAGAAGUCGCCGUCAAGGUGCUUUCAAAUGAUGCUCCUAAGCAAUUUACCAAUGAGGUUAAAGUGUUAGGAAGAAUCUAUCACAAAAACUUGGUUUCUCUGAUUGGAUACUGCGAAGAAGGAACUACCAACUUGGCACUUAUUUAUGAGUACAUGUCUGGAGGGGACUUGAAAGCUCUUCUUUCAGAACAUUCAGGUGUAGUCGUAAGCUGGAAACGGAGACUUUCAAUUGCAUUCGACACUGCUCAAGGAUUGGAUUAUCUGCACACUGGUUGCAGCCCACCUAUUGUCCACAGAGAUGUAAAACCGGCAAAUAUACUUCUAAAUCAAAAUUUUCUCCAGGCAAAAGUAGCUGAUUUUGGCUUCUCGAAAAUAUUCCCAGCUGAAUAUGUCUCCAAACUUGAGACUAGGGUCAUUGGAACAACUGGUUAUCUUGAUCCUCAGUACCAUUUAACCGGGCAGGUGAAUGAAAAAAGCGAUGUUUACAGCUUUGGAAUUGUUCUGUUCGAGCUCAUAACAGGGAAAUCUGCAAUCAUAAAAUACACAAACACUCAUUUGGUUCAAUGGGUAACGCCUCUCUACGAAAGAGGUGACAUAGGCAGCAUAUUGGACCCAAGAAUACGGGUUGAGGUAGGCGAAAACUACAACACCAUUUGGAGAGCAACAGAGCUAGCUAAGCAAUGUGUUGAGCUAGAUGCAGCACAUAGGCCAACAAUGAGCAACAUUGUUAUUGAAUUGAGGGAGUGUUUGGCUAUGGAGAAUGUGGAUGUCGAGUGUUCGAGCUCCGUUACUACCACGAUGGAGAUGAUGACCGCCCCAGUUUCAACUACAUCGAUGGGUCCACAACCCCGGUAGUAAUAUAAUGGUGAUACUUUUUAUUAAAUAGGUCUUAAACGCAUCCAGUAUACAAUAAAUUUAUCGUACAUCAGAAUAGCUUUUAACCGGCUUUUAAUAAUUUUAUAAUGUUAUGAUUACUUUUUAUUGUAUGAUAAUUUUAAACGGUUAGAUGGUUUACCUUUAUAAUUAUGAUU